GGAUGCCAUAGCAGCAAUGGCACAGGAGGAGGUCCGAUUAAAGUUGAUGAAGAACAAUACAACGACUCCAUCUCAUCCAGCCUUCAUAGCAACCGACUAUAAGAGCAGAGAGUGCUUCAACUGCGGUGAGAAGGGUCAUUUGAUUCGUUCUUGCACGGCUCCACGUAGGAACAUGCGUGGAAGGGGGAGAGGAUAUAACCGAGGUGGAUUAAGGGGAGGCCGAGGCCGGGGAUACUCUGGUGGUCAAAGGGCAAAUGUGGCAGUCUCAGAAGAAGGAUCCUCACUCGCAACCCAAGAAGAAUCAAAGAAAAGAACAGAAAGCACAGGUGAUAAGGAUCAUGAGGAUUUUAGUUACGGCAACUUUGCUCACUUUGUAUCUACAGAUGAAGGAGAGGCAAACGGGGAAGAGGCUUGGGACUGGAACCAGGCGUAAUGGGCUAUGGUACAUGGAUCGCGAGGUGCCAAAUAAUGCGGUGUCUACGAUGUUAGCAACAAUGAUGGGAGAAAAGGAAACAAAGGUAAUGCUUCACCAUUGUAGAAUGGGACAUAUGUCUUUUGAGAAGAUGAGUAAAGUCUUUCCCGAUGUAAUGUGUGGGGUGGAUAAGAACAAGCUUGUGUGUGAUGCAUGUGAGUUUGCUAAACACACAAGGACAUCUUAUGUGAGUAAGGGUCUUAGGAGUAUUUCCCCUUUUAUGCUUGUUCACUCAGAUGUGUGGACAUGUCCUGUUAUCUCUCUAAGUGGAAUGAAGUACUUUGUUACAUUCA